GGUUCUCAUGAACACUCGCAGUUCUAGCUUUCCUGAAUACUGAAGGCAGGCAUCGUGUGGCCCGCAGCCCAGCGUGGAGGCAACGUGAGCGAGCAGCUGCUCUGUGUAGAAGAUACCCGUCCUGCCUGCCUGCUGGCCUCCUGCGGUGCUGUAAGCACGUGGGUUGGAAGCCUCAGCUGUGAGAAGUCCCCUCCAGCUCUUUUCCUGUUUCCUGCCCCUGCUAGGACACAUCAAAAGCACAGUGAACUGCAGGGCUGUGUUACUUCUGGAGGCUUCAGGAGUACCCACUUCCUUGGUUUUUAGCUCCUCUGGUGACUUUUGUUUCCUGGCUCACGGUCUCAUCCUCCUUGUUGUAGAGCAGGCUAAGGUUCCCCGGGCAGAGGGAGAAAGCUCCUCCGUUCAUUCGGCACUGUUGGUUGGGGACCCACUGCAUGGUACCUGUUCUGUGCGCGGGGACAGCUGUGAGCACUCUGAUCUUGAGGGGCAGUCUGGGGGAGGCACGAAGGACUAAGCAUAAGUAUAGAGUUUCCCUGAGAAAAAGCUGCUUCUGCACAGAGCAGAGUGUUCAGAGUGACCGGGUGGCUGUGUUGUUUGGUGGUUCAGGCAGUCUCGCUGUGGCGAUGACAUUCAGCCCAAAUGUGCUGAUGAGAAGGCACUGGCUGGGGUGGUUAGGGAGCCCAGGGGACAGCAGGGCUUGGUCAGGUGGUAACCUGGGAACUGGACUAGGAUUUGCAUUUGAUCCUAAACACGGCAGGCAGCCAUUAGAGAAUUUGAAGGAGAGUUCAAUAAUGGUAAUAAGGUAUGUUAAUAUUAAAAAUGUACAUGUGCUUGAAACGCUCGGAGUGUUUGAAGUGUGGGCUUUGGGGCAGUGGUCAGGUGGAAAUGAUGAGGCUUGGGCCUGAGUCCUGCUAUGGGAAAUGCAGAGCGGUGGGAAAUUCCGGAGGAAAAGCCAGCGCUGUGUCUGCUUCUGUGCGUCUUCUCCUUAGCCUGUUCUGGGAAGAAUGUGCCUGGGCUCUGCCAGCUUCAUGACGGGGAAGAGCACACGCCAGGACUCUGCUCUCUGGCCUCCUAAGCCUUCAUUGUGAGAGUGAGUACAUUGCGCCCUGUGACUGCCGGAGGGCUUUUGUCUCUGGAUUUGAUGGCUCUGCAGGCACAGCCAUUAUCACAGAAGAGCAUGCGGCCAUGUGGACCGACGGGCGCUACUUUCUCCAAGCGGCCAAGCAGAUGGACAACAACUGGACUCUCAUGAAGAUGGGUUUGAAGGACACACCAACUCAGGAGGACUGGCUGGUGAGUGUGCUUCCAGAAGGAUCCAGGGUUGGUGUAGACCCACUCAUCAUUCCCACAGAUUACUGGAAGAAGAUGGCCAAGGUACUUCGAAGUGCUGGUCACCACCUCGUACCUGUGAAGGAGAACCUUGUGGACAAAAUCUGGACAGACCGGCCAGAGCGCCCUUGCAAGCCCCUGCUCACACUGGGCCUGGAUUAUACAGGCAUCUCCUGGAAGGAGAAGGUUGCAGACCUUCGGUUGAAAAUGGCCGAGAGGAACAUCGUGUGGUUUGUGGUCACUGCCCUAGAUGAGAUUGCGUGGCUGUUCAAUCUCCGAGGGUCAGACGUGGAGCACAAUCCAGUCUUUUUCUCCUAUGCGGUUGUAGGACUAGAGACCAUCAUGCUCUUCAUUGAUGGGGACCGCAUUGAUGCGCCUGCUGUGAAGCAUCACCUGCUCCUUGACGUGGGCCUGGAGGCCGAAUAUAAAAUCCAGGUGCUUCCUUACAAGUCCAUCCUGAGUGAGCUCAGGACCCUGUGUUCUGAUCUCUCCCCACGGGAGAAAGUGUGGCUCAGUGACAAAGCCAGCUAUGCUGUCAGUGACGCCGUCCCCAAGGAUCAUCGCUGCUGUAUGCCUUAUACACCCAUUUGCAUUGCCAAAGCUGUGAAGAACCCCACUGAGUCGGAAGGCAUGAGGCGGGCUCAUAUUAAGGAUGCCGUUGCCCUCUGUGAACUCUUCAACUGGCUGGAGAAAGAGGUUCCCAAAGGUGGUGUAACUGAGAUCUCAGCUGCAGACAAAGCCGAGGAAUUUCGAAGGCAACAGGCUGACUUUGUGGACCUGAGCUUCCCAACCAUCUCCAGUACGGGACCCAACGGCGCCAUCAUUCACUAUGCGCCUGUUCCUGAGACAAACAGGACCCUGUCCCUGGAUGAGGUGUACCUCAUUGACUCGGGUGCUCAAUACAAGGACGGAACCACAGAUGUGACCCGGACCAUGCACUUUGGGACCCCUACGGCCUACGAGAAGGAAUGCUUCACAUAUGUCCUCAAAGGUCACAUAGCUGUGAGCGCGGCUGUUUUCCCCACGGGAACCAAAGGUCACCUGCUAGACUCCUUUGCCCGGUCAGCUCUGUGGGACUCUGGCCUGGAUUACCUGCAUGGGACAGGACACGGUGUUGGGUCAUUUUUGAACGUUCACGAGGGUCCUUGUGGCAUUAGUUAUAAAACAUUCUCCGAUGAGCCCUUGGAAGCCGGCAUGAUUGUCACUGAUGAGCCAGGGUAUUAUGAAGAUGGGGCUUUCGGGAUCCGCAUUGAGAAUGUUGUUCUUGUGGUUCCCGUGAAGACCAAGUAUAAUUUCAAUAACCGAGGAAGCCUGACCUUUGAACCUCUAACUUUGGUUCCCAUCCAGACCAAAAUGAUAGAUGUGGAUUCUCUUACUGAUAAAGAGUGUGACUGGCUCAACAGUUACCACCAGACCUGCAGGGAUGUGAUCGGGAAGGAGCUGCAGAUGCAGGGCCGCCAGGAAGCUCUCGAGUGGCUCCUCAGAGAGACAGAGCCUAUCUCCAAGCAGCACUGAGACCGCUCUGCAGUUGUGUCGAGGAUGCUCUGGGGGAAGGAGGAAACACGGCGGACCCUGACUUCUUUCUCCUUACCUCUUCCUCCCGACUCCCCCUUUUACUUUUAGACACUAAGAAGAACUGAAACUCUUCUUA